AUGGAGGUCCACAUGCACGGUCUGCCCAGAUUUCUUGCGGACAAAGCAGUCGAAAAGGAACUUGAACCCUUCAUGGCUAAGCUGGGGAUCCCUCAAGAUGCCUUCAUUUGUGAGAAGUACAAGAGACAGAAAUGGGCUAAUAUCACCUUCCACAAGCGGUUGCAUGGCCAGGCUUUCAUGAAUAGCCAUGGCGAGGAGCUUGACCAACAUAAGCCGCCUCAAAAUGGGCCACGAAACUCCAACACCGCCAGAUCUGGCCGUAAUUCUACAAGUAUUUCAACCAACGCUUCAGUCGCUGGAGCAACAGCCUCCGCCUUCAGACGCAAACCACAUAACCAGCGACAUCGGGGCCGAUCUAGAUUGCACUUAGCUGGCAAGGAGAUCUUUUGUUCGCUCAGCAAAAACCCAAACGACCCCAGGGCCGUGGCUGGACAACCCAACCCCAUCACUCUCAGAGCUCUGAAGUAUACUGCCGAGGAGAAAGCGAAUCCCACGCGCAACGUUGUCGAGGAAGAUCCUCCCGAGGUUCUCAAUCUUGUAUCUCUCAACUGUGGAUACAAUGUCUUCGACGGCGACAGGCUCGUCUUCGUCCCCGAGGUCGAGAUCCGAGACACUGGCACAGCGAAGUUCUCCAAACAUACGCUUCUUAUCAAGCUCAAGAGCGGUCACAUCGUUAGGAUCUCACUUGAUACAAUCGUCAGCCUCGUCUGCUCCUUCGACCACACUUUUAAUCUGACUCUAUCCGAGGGGCCAUCCUUCUUUCAUCAGAGUAACCCCGAGAAGCCAUCCACCUCUCGUCAUAUUGACCCCGAGAUGGAAAACAUGCUUGACCUGAUGAAGUCGGUAUUCGUGAACGAUCUCAGUGGUAACAAAGAACCCGAACGCACCCGUGUCUGCAGCCUGAACGAGCAGCAUGCCAAGGUAGUCGGACACUGUCUCGUCUAUCAAUUCCAAGUCACAGGCUCAGACUUGCACAGACCCAUGAGAACGCUCAAAAACCACCACGUUGUGCCCUUUGUGCGCUUUCCGAUUCCCACUCUGCGAAUGGCACCGCAACAGUUCGGGUGCUCGGAACACGCCAUGCAUGCUCUCCUCGAGGAACUUGCUUCCGUGGAAAAAGCAAGACUUUUGCCGUUUGGGAUUCUCUUCCAUUUACAGGCUCUGGCCUUCAAUGCAUAUCUUCAUCCCAGUGUCGUUCUAUCGCUCCUGAAGGAGUUGCUGCGUAAAUUCAAAUCAGACCGAGACACUGGAAGACAACCUAUUUCCCUGAACGCCAUGAGAAUGCUGUUCAAAGAAAUAGACUGGCCAAAACCCCACGGCGACCCGUCGGACUUUCAGGUGACAGCCAUCAUUGCUCUCCUGUUGAAAAGAGACAAGGAGGCUCGCGGAAACAUCAGCAUGCAAACAGCACUCUUAGCAUCCACUCGGAAUCUGGCGUCAAUCUAUAGAGCCACUGUCACGCCUACCAGGAUCACACUACACGGUCCUGAGCUUGAAGUCAAGAAUCGAAUCCUCCGAAAAUACCCCAAACACCACGAAUACUUUCUUCGGGUUCAGUUCUGCGACGAGAAUGGGCAGGAUCUCUUCUACAAUGCCAAAGUCGAUCUAGCUGAGGUCUGGGACAGGUUCAAACAUGUCUUCAGCACAGGCAUUCAGAUUGCGGGACGGAUAUACGGUUUCUUGGGAUUCUCGCAUUCUUCAUUGAGAUCGCACAGCACUUGGUUUCGAACAAACUUCUCGAUCAUCAAGGCGCUGGGUCAGUUCUCGAAAAUUCGAUCCCCAGCGCGGUGCGCUGCUCGUAUUGGUCAGGCCUUUUCUGAGACUCCAUUCUCGAUAUCCCUCGACGAGCACGGGAUAAAAGUCAAAGAUAUAGAAGACGUGACGUCUGAAGAUGGCACUCGUGUCUUCAGUGACGGUGUUGGCACACUUACAUGGGAUGUCAUCGACAUCAUCAGCGACAUCCUACCCCAGAAAGCAAACCCUCCAACCGCGUAUCAAAUACGCUGCCGAGGCACCAAGGGCAUGAUAGCAGUGGAUUCCAGAAGUAAUGGGUCCGUCAUCCGGUUCAGGCCCUCCAUGACUAAAUUUGCUAGCGAUGACGACAGGGUUCUCGAGAUCUGUGACAUGGCUUCGAAGCCGAUCCCACUCGUACUGAACCGCCAGAUGAUCAAGAUACUGGAAGACAUGGGUAACACAGAGCUGAAGCGGAUCAGAGAGGUGAUGACUGACACAGACAACGUCGCAGGUUUUUUGAAGCACAAGAAAAUCGCGGAAAAUAUUCGCUUUGAUUAUCUUUUCCGACAAGCAGCAAAGAUGGGAGUCGACUGGCAGAAUGACCACUUUAUGUGCUCGGUAGUAAAGGCAGUUGUGUUUCGAGAACUGCGCCUCUUGAAGCACAAAGCUCGGAUUCCUGUUGAGAAUGGCAUUACUCUCUUCGGUAUCAUGGACGAGACUGGCUUUCUGAAAGAGAACGAGGUUUACGUCACCUACGAUAGAUGCGAAGAGCGAUUUCCCCCACCCCCAACUCGAGGCCGUGUGCUUGUUACGCGGUCUCCAGCGCUUCACCCGGGUGACAUCCAAGCACCAUUGCUCGCAAAUCCGCCAAAUGGCCAUCCUCUGCGAGACCACAUGAAUGUCAUUGUCUUCAGUCGUCACGGCACCCAUGAUCUUCCUUCGCAGCUGUCUGGGGGCGACCUAGACGGUGAUAUUUAUAACGUCAUUUGGGAUGAACAGGCCAGACGCGCGACAGUCUUCGCCCCAGCAGACUAUCCGCGAGUGGCGCCGGUGGGCCUAGACCGUGAAGUGACCAAAGAGGAUAUGGCCGAUUUCUUCAUUGAUUUCAUGAAGUCAGACCACCUUGGUGUCAUCGCAACAAGACACAUGAUCUUGGCAGACCAGCGAGAUACCGGUACCCUGCAUGAUGACUGUUUGACGUUGUCACGUUUUCACUCGACGGCUGUCGACUACUCCAAGACAGGUUUAGCGGUCGACCUCAAGGAGCUCCCAAGAGCAGAGAGAUACAGGCCCGACUUUCUCGCUCCUGGGGGAGACGUUCACGUCAUAGACAAAUCAGACGUUAGACUCGACGACAAUAUUGUCGAGCCCGCGGCCGACGCUGAAGAGGAUCAGUUCUCUCCCCAGCGCCAUCGCUAUUAUAGAUCGGACAAGAUUCUGGGUCAAUUGUAUCGAGCAGUCGACGAGAAGAAGAUAUGGCGGGAGGACGUCCAAUCAAAAUUUCAGCCGCGGUCUGCUUCAUUCUGGGAUGAUUUCCUCAUCGCCAUUCGGCCGCGCUAUCAAGCUAUCGUUGACCAAACGGAAGGGUAUGUCUUCCACAUGAAGACUGCGCGGGACAUCCGCGGCUGGUACGAAGAUGCCGUCUCCAACGCGAUGAAUCAAUACUCGGAGCACCCUAUCAACCCGAUCACAGAGCUGGAAGUGUUCACCGGCAACAUCCACAACAAAUCUGGCAUCCAGACUCACCGCCAGCGAGACCAAAGCAUUAAGCUCAAAGAUGAGUUUGGGCGCAUCUGCGACUGGAUCACAGGCCUGAUGAGGAAGGUGUCUCGUGAUUCACAUGCGCCACUGACGGGGUACGAAACAGAACACGACAGCCUGCAUCUGUGUCUUGCCUGUGUCUACGUCGGCAAUGAAAAGUCAGCCAGUCCCGAUGGGUCGAGGUAUGAGAACAUGCAAAGCUUUAGAGUGGUGGCAGCGUGUGCACUCUUAUCCGAGCUGAGCAAAUUCGAUCGCGGACACGUUGGCGGUGGUUACCCUGGGGUCCGAAGCCGCGGCGUGGCGGCCGGCUGCAGUGGUAAAUGA